CCGCAGCGUUCGAUGGCGGGGGCGGAGGGGGAGCGACGGAGCGUCAGCUCGCGCCGACACCCUCCGCGAGCAGCAGCGUGACGCGCACCGCGGUGCACAGCCCGCGACGGCUCGCCUGCCCGAGAGCUCGCACGAGCGGCUCUAACCAGCCGCGACGUGUCGCGACACGUACCAAGCGACCACCAUCGACGAGAUCACGCAACACUUACCCAUGCAAUCGCUCUCUUUCAUCCUCCGCACGAUCUUUAUGUCGAUACUCUUGAUAUAAAUAUCGGAACUGGACGAGAAUGUCGCUACCGGCGGUGAAGUGACUUAGUAAAUCGAUUGGGAUUAAUGACCAGUGGACAGUGCUGUCAAAUUUCUUCAGCUCCACUCUGGCAAAUGUGAAAAGUCAGGAGCACAGGUCGUGGUUAGCGAGUGUGAGCAGAGCGUCGCGGCGGCGGCGGCGGCGGGCGCAUGGCGACAAGCGGAGCCGAGCGCCGGCCGCGCCGCGGGCCCGCGCCAAUUGCUUCCUUUGAUCACGACGUUUCGGAAGAGUCAAGUCCGGAAAAUAAACAAGCUUUUCGUUUACCUGAGAUCCGUGAGGAUCCAGUGAGUUCAACUUCAAGUGUCGUUGCGUCGACGUCAGGCGGUGUCGACAGUCUCGCACCACCAGAACAACGCGCAAGGUCACAUUCUUCUCCAGCUGUUCACACAACAACGACUGUGGCAACCACUUCGGCUCUUCAGACGCCAGCCGCUCCGCGCAUCGAUAUAUCUCGCGCAUCCAGCUCUAGUCACCAGGAUUCGCGUGAUAGCUCACCUGAAUUGGCACUGUUCGCGGGUGGUGGUAACGGCGAAGACACACGCGCUCGACUCGAACUUGGCUUUCGAGAAGACGGGGCGGCGGAUCUACGUUCAUCUACUGAAGAACUUGCUUUUUUAGAAGGCGCACCUGGAGGUACUGACACACGUGCACAAACUGCAGCACCACCUUCUCGUCGGCACUCACGUAAAGACAGUCAAAGUUCUGAGGCGGCACUUCUCGCUGUAUCAGGCCGAACUAGCCGUCUCUCUAGUGUUGGAUCUCAGUGUUCUGCGCAUUCGGCACUCUCAGGAUUUAGUCACGCUAGUCGAAUAUCGAGGCUUUCUGUAGUUUCGGGUACUUCCCGUUCACCUUCACCGCACAAAAUGCUACUUGAAACAUCAUUUUGUGGGCCAAAGCCGAUAGAGACAGAUCCCGAAAUAUGCACAGCUGCUGUUGAAGAAAGGCUCCUCGAAAUGGCUAAGCUGACCGAUGAAACGGUAGCUUCAAUUCCUGAUAUUCAAUCUACACCCGUUCAAAUUGCUUCAUUCCCACCAGUAGAUGCGCGUGAUCGUCGUGAGGUACGAACAGAAGUAACGGUUGAGAAUGCGCGACCAGCUAGUGCACCUCGGCUCACUUCUCCAAAUGCACCGAAUAGUACACCCGUUCCAGGCCCUGCACCGUCUACUACAUCACUAGAUGAUGAAAAGCGAUUAAAAGAAACAAGAAACCGGGCAAAAGUGGAAGAGCGCCGAGCAAGAUCGAGAGACCGCCGUGAACCAGCUCAGCCUGAAGUGCAUCGACGUGGUAAUCGUUCAAAAGACAUAAUAAGAAUAAAACUUAAGCCUGACGAUGAAUACGAAGAUGACGAAGAUGAAGAAAGUGAACGAACUUUGAUAAGUGGAGAGCCUGCACGAAAACCAAUAACGCUAGAGUUAAACGAUCGACCUGCACGUCCUAAUGAACCUACAAGCCCACAAACUACCUCGAGGCGACAACGAGAUAGUCGAACACCCUCCCCAUGUGGUGCACCAGUGUCAAGAAAAUCAUCUUUUUGUUCUCUUUUUAAGUCACGUGAGACUAUCGCAUCUCCAGACUCCCCAUCUGAUGCAUUGCGUCGCAAAAAAAGUCUUAAUGAGGGCCGAUCUCGUAGCAAAAGUCGUGAUCGCUCUACAACACCCUCUUCAACAGGAAAAAUAAAAGGCUCAGUACUAUCAUUGUUUAAGACACCACGGCGCAGUGGUACUUCACCUUCACCAGGUUCUCGUGAUGCCUCUCCAGUAGUUCAACAACAACGACAAUUUCCACAAUCAAAUGUAGAAAAACAACGAGGAGAAAAACUUAAGUAUUACGAGGAUUCAAAAGAUGGAAUUAUUCAUAUCCCCUUACAUACACCACCUGAUGAAAUAAAUUCAAAAGAUAACAUACACGAAACAGUUUCUACCCGUGAAAUUUCACGUCCUGCUUCAGCACCGCAACAACGGGCUCCACUCGAACGAAGUGCAGUUAUUUCUUCCAUUACUCCCAUAUCCCUUCCAAAACGGACCCAACGAACUGUACUACCCGAUGGGAGCAUUAUUAUUCCCUUACACUCUCCUACUGAGAAGACCGUUUCUACAGAAUUAACUACAAAUGUAGAAUCUACUUCUGAUAUUGAACAAAUAGCAAGAAAACCAGAAACAGAAUCUACUCCCGACAAAUGUAUGAACAAUAUUUCCGAACAAAGUUCGGACGCAGGAUGUACAGAGACAAUGGUGCCUGAAGAUAUCGCGGCAGUUGCAAAUGUCACAGAUCGUCCUAGAAGAAAAGAACGGAUAAUAUUCACGACCCACGUGGGAAGCAAAGAACAAGUUUUCAGCACUCAAUUUAGUAUAACGAAGACACCAAGUAUUACUAGCGAAAUAUCAGAAUCGAUUCCGAGCUUUCCUGAGAAUGAGGAAGUCCAACUGAAUGAAUUAUCACAACUGACAUCGACCUUGAAAAAUAUUGAGGUCGAAGUUAAUGAGUUUUUGCCAACCAGCGAAGAAAUGAUCGGUGAAAUAGGCGACGAACAAACGGUUCGAGAAAUUAACACAAGUCCACCGCCAGACACUGGACGCGACUCUUCAGAGUCAGAAGCGAGUUCAGAAGUGGCGACGACUCACGGAGGUAGCGAAGCGGAGCGUCGAGGUCUCGUGGUACAAGAAUCAUUUGAAGAGUUACCAUACGUACCAACAACGCUCCCUUUGGAACGAUCGCUAGCAUUGCCGAUGAUCCCAGUACGCGAUCGCAGUGACAUUCAUGUCGCUGGCGUACAGCGACCACGGGCAACUCGAAGUGCAGGGGGAGCAUUAGGUGCAUUGACUCCCCCCUCGGUACCUACGCCCAGUAGCAACGUAGCAGAACUUAGCGGCGAGCGAUUACACAUCAGAUUGCCACGGCGUGCGCGUGCUGCUUCAACCGCUUCUGCUGCGGCCCCACCUCCUCCACCGCGCAACGUUCGAGCUCGGUCUCGAAGUGGAGGUGAUGCAACUGGCAUGGAGGCGAGAGGGAAAUCAGACUGGAUUGACUUCUCCGAGGUGCCAGAGCGACGGAAGCAGCCGAAGCGCAUUCAAACUUUACCAGCGACUGCUCGCGACUCAGUGGUGUUCAGUUACGUGCCACCCGAGCGGUGUCGCUGCGAGUGCCACGCGCACGGACACGUGCCCGACGCGCCGCCCGACGACGAGCUCCCGCUGCUGCAGGAUGACUCCCGCCACAUGACCGUCAGUUCCUCGUCACUGGAGUUCGAGGAGGACGGCGGGCACGUACAGGUCAAUGUGCACAUCGCGCCCUUCACCGCCGACCUUGACUUGCAACACAACCAUGCAGAUACGACGCUGCCCCAAUGACCGGCGGCUGUCGUUCACGCUCACCGUACCUUACUUGUGUCUCUCCGAGUUUAACCUUUUAUAAGAUAUAUUAUUCUCUAUUGACCUGAGGCGAGAUGUUAUCAUUUUUGAGAUGUAAAUUUACCCGUUAGGUACUUAUAUAAAUUUAUAGCGUCGUUUGUAAUUCUUACUAU